AAAAAUCAAAAAAUGAAAAAGGAGUUCCAAAAUCAAAAGUUCCAAGAAGAGGAUCGAGAAAAUGCAACAGCGUCAGGAGGUAUUGAGCUCGAAAAGCCUGGCAUCCUGACAGCAACAAUGCUACAACAGUUUCGGGCGUUCCAGAAGGUGGUGCUGCAGCAGCAGCAGGAGCAAAUGAUGUCGAUUAUGGAAGACAUUGAGCAGAUGUUCCUAAUGCAGCGAUCCAGCAAAAUAAAAAAGACACGGAACAAGAGGAAAGAUUCCCUGCUUAGAAGUAAGUAUUGUGAAAUUGUUCCCGCCGGCAAGUCCUCAUUUCGAGGAACGGAAAGAAGAACAAGAAUCCGCCCUGAGCAAUGAAGCACUCGGUGAAGAACGAAUGGAUUCACGUACAGAAGGCUCCAACAUGUUCGGCGGAUGCGGGGAAGAUGAGUACGACAACGUUUCUAAAGGAAAAGAAUGGAUCGACGAAGUAGGAAAAUCAGAACAAAGCUCUUUGGUUCCGCCUCCUGGAGGGUAUUGCCUUGAAGAAAUCAAGAGCAAACCAACAAUGGCCGUGAGAAUGGAAGAUAACGAAUCGGAGCUUACAAUAAAGCCAACGGCAAUCAUUUGCUACGUGGGUGAUGACGGUCUGCAGCGAUGGACUACUAAUUCGGCAGCAUGGAAAAUGAAGCCGGCAGAUAAAGGUGGUGGUAUCGGCAAGAGAGGCUGGAUUAAACAUUGGAGUCGUUUCCUGGAAGCGGUUAGCUGAUAUUAUUUCAACAUAUAUAGAUAGUUACGCAUAAAUUUUCUUUUCAAAUCUUUCAUAUCUUUAUAUUUAAAUAUUCCAUAUUAUCCAUUUGUUAACUUUAUAAAAAAUACAGUCCAUUAUAAACAUGCACAUUUAAGCCGCCCGAGAGAAUGUACAAAAUACUUUGUACAUACUUUUGAGUGCGGUUGAGGCGCUUGGAAAAACUAGCAAUAAACAAUAAAUAUUCAAAAAUUACAUAUUUCCCAGCCGCCAUAAAAUACCACAUGUGAACAAUUCGGUGAUCUUGUGUGCUGACGCAUACGAUAAUGUGUCAGAUAAUAAAUGUUAUAACCCACAUGUCCAUAUAUCGAUGCGCUCAGUAGAUGCACAAGACCACAUGAAUGAAAUGACAAACAGCCCUGCAAUGUUCUCCAUUCAAUAUUAGAAUAGAUAAGAAUAAUUGUGUGGCUGCGAUUAGGUUAAGUUAGAUUAGUUUCAGUAGUACGUAAGGAACAUAUUUUAGAAAUAAAAUUAGAAUUGAAUCAACAACCAAA